AUGUCGAACAUGGCGGCGGUGAUUGAUCUGGGGUUGGAGGAGCUGCAACUAGCGCUUAUUUUGAGGUACAGGUUUCACCCCAGCAACGAGGAGAUGGUCGCGCACUACCUCACCCCCGAGUUCCGCAAACCCUACUUCUCUUAUCCCGUGGUCGCCGAUGUCAACCUAACAACAGCAAGCCAUGGGAUCUUCCGACUAAGUGCAGUACUAAUCCUCAAUAAUUUGCAGGCACGAGGCAGCGCGCUAAUGGCCAGUUCAUUUUGCAGUAGAGUCGAAGAUGGUGAUCAGAAGUACCCCACGGGGAUGCGCACCAAUCGGGUGACUAGGAGCGGCUACUGGAAGGUGACGGGUAGCGACAAGGAGAUAUUUCGUGACACGGGACAGUGCAUGUCCUCGUCGGCAUAA